AAACACUCAAAUCCACAGCCAAACACUAGAACAGCCACUCAAAAGUUUGCACGUCAAGCGCCUCACAACCGAGUCUACAAUGUGGCACGUUUUAAACCAUUGUUAGAAGUUGUAUUAGAGUAGUAUUAUCCACACUGGAUCAGAGAACUGACCCGCCUUAAAUUCAUGAAUGUCGACGUGUCAUCCAACUGCAGCCCCCCCGACGACAAGUCAUAGUCAACCAUUACAUUAAACCUCCAAACCCCACAAAACAAAGAAACAACACUCACACACACAAAAACUCAAAGCACCAGCACCAUCAACACCUCCUCCCACCACCACUACCACCAUGAUCAAAACCACACCAUCCCCUUCUCCCUCACCACACCACCACCACACGUGGGCCCCAUCCCCAACUCCCACAAUUUCCUCAACCCCUACAGCCACCGCCCCUUCUUACCAAUCCUCACCACCAUCACCAACGUCCUCCAAACUCCCAGUUGACUUCAGCCCAACUUUAAUAGCCAUGGUGGUAGUAGUCGCUGCCGCCUUCUUAACAAUCACAUACUCCCGCCUAAUUUCCCGUUCCCUCCUCCGUGUCAUCCGCCGAUGGCGUCGGUGGCGCCGUCGUAGACGCCGCCGUUACCCCCCCUCCUCAAAUGGUGGCCUCGACUCCCCACCUCCACUCUUUGAUUCCCCAGAAGGCUUCCAUGUUUACUCUCCUUACGGGCUGGACGACGCCGUCAUCAAGACCAUCCCUCUCUCACUCUACACCACGAAAAAUAGCAAUAGCUUUCACAAGCAAAUCAAAGACUGUGCUGUUUGCUUGCUUGAAUUCGAAGAUGAUGAAUAUGUCCGUACACUUCCUGUUUGCUCGCAUGCAUUUCAUGUCGACUGUAUUGAUAUUUGGCUAAGGUCACACGCGAACUGCCCACUUUGUCGUGCGGGGAUUUUCAGAGCCGAGUCUCCAUUUAUUCCAGUCAUGGCCGCAAGAAUUCGUCCUAGUCUUGAUGAAACAAUCCUACGUGGCACUCUUCUUCCGCUCGAACCAAUAAUUCAAAGCCCACUACGCACUUAUUCUGCCGUUGCAGACACAGCUACAGCUACUGUCACGGAGAUUACACCAUGUCCUGAAGAACCAUCACCGCGAAGACAUAGUAUGAACAAUUUUAAUACUAAUUCUGAGGACAGAUUCAAUGGUCGUGAUCAUUUCUUCUUGAAAAGAUCUUAUUCUUUCGGGUUUGAACGGAGCUUGGCGUCCGAGAGGAUGUUAGUAAUGGAGCCAGCUACAGCUUCUCCGUGGAGGUUUAGAAGGGGGGGUUUUUGGAGCAAACGGCCAUCACCGUUUGGAUCAAUAUCAAAAGCUAGAGUUUUUUCGUUUAGGCAUUAUAGAGGGAUGAAAUCCCCGUUUUUUAGACGGAGAGGAUCAGGGUUUUUCCCGUUAUCGGAGAGGUUCUCCACCGUAGGCGGAGGAGGCGGUGGUGGGUCGUCGAGGAGGUGUAAGUCUAUGGCGAGCCCACAGUUUUUGAGAUCAUCGGUGGGGUCGAGCAUGGCCGCGUUUUCGUCUAGCCGGCUAAGGUGUGGGGACCCCGAGGCACUGCUGUCACCGGAGAGGUUUAACAGGAGGUAGAGAAGGACACACGUGGAGGGUGAGAUUGAGUGAUCGUGAGAAUGGACGGUCGAAAAGGAGGCGGUGAUGGGGUCAAGGUGGUAUUAAAUGGAGAGUGGGUGUUUGCAUGAAAGGUGGAGUUAAUGAGGGGGCAUGAGAAUAUACGAGUAGUCUGGCAAUUUGUGGAUGGGCCAUUAAUUGUAGGUGCCGAUGGCAUUUAAUGAGAAAAUUGAAGAGAGAUUACACCUUUGCUCUCUCUCUCUCUCUCUCUCUCUGGCUCGCAUUGAUUAUAGAAAAGAAAAGGAAUUCUUGGCCUUGUUUCCCUCCCUCCCUCCCUCCCUCCCUCUCUCUCUCAUUCAUUCAGCAGAUCAUAAAUGAGAGGAAGAGGAGAGUGAUGGGUUAUUAAGGCUGAGGGAAAUGGUGGGAUUUUGACGUGGGGGCUGGGUUUAUAUAGGGGGUUUACUUGGUGGGUUUUGCUGGGAUUGGAUUUGGGCAUAGAUUGGUCAAAUCUCUUAUUGGUUUUCCACUCUUGCUAGCUAUUUUGUGAAAUGCACCGACAGAGGACAGAAAGGCCCAUGCCAGAAAGGGGACGGAAGGGAACAUGGCAUGCUAGUUGCUUCUCGCUGGACCCUCGGACAAUAAGACUGGUUAAUUCGGUGAAAUAUGAACUCUUCAUAUCAUUUGUUGAACUCCCGAUACUGCCUCUCUCUUUCCCUUCAAGAACAAGAUUGCUUCUCUCGUUUGGAUUUAGGGUUCACAUUCUCGUAUUUAGCUUCUGCAAGAUCGAUGACUCUCUUUUUUAUUUAUUUAUUUAUUAUUAUUAUUAUUAUUAUUAUUAUUAUUACCAGCUUUAUUAAUUUCUUAGGACUGCACCAAGGUCAUUUUUAUUGUUAAAUUAGACGACGCAUAGAAUGCGGCUAUAAAUGCAAUAUAGCAUUUGUGAGAAAUGUUGAAGUAGUAAUGGAUCAUGAGGUUUCUUCGUUUAUAGCAAUAGAACUUUUCAUGCAA